AUGGUUCAUGAGACGAAGUUGGAGUUGCUGCUGCCUUUGGUUCUGAAAGACGAGACAAAAAUGGAAGAAGAGGAACUGCUGCUGGGGCAGAAAGUUUGGAUCCAGACAGAAGUUGGUGUGCAAGGGCCAAAAGACCAACGCUCGGGUCAGAGCAUGGACGAAGGAGGUGAAACGACUAAAGAGCAGCAAGAAGGAAGGGAAUGUCAAGGAGAGGAGUCUGAUGAGGACUGGGACACCGAUUUAGAGCUUGGAGAUCAGGAAGAAGCAGAUGCUCUGAUGGAAAAGAUGAACUACAGGAAGACUUGUGAGAGGUUACACGUGGCGCCUGCCUCUCGUUUCCUGGAAAACAUGCAAAAGAGCGAUUUGAGCAUGAAGCAUUAUGGACUUGGACCUCAGGGCACCAAAGCUCUGGCGGUUUCCCUGGUAACCAACACUUCAAUACGGCGGGUGAACCUGCGAGAUAAUUGGAUGGAAGGAAUGGGUGGAGCUGCUAUCGCCAAGAUGUUACAGAAAAAUUGUUACAUCACAGAAGUGGACCUGUCUGACAACAAUCUCAGGGAUUUUGGUGCCAGAGCCAUAUCUAAUAUGCUGAAGGUAAACAACACCCUGGUGAGCCUGCAUCUGUCAGGAAACCAUUUCACAGACCAGUCUGCUGAAAAUCUCGUCCCAGCACUGAUUUCCAACACCACGCUGCAGCACCUCGACCUGAGCUGCAAUGCUCUGGGAGACCAUGCAGGUCAAACCCUGGGCAACUAUCUGUCAGAAAACAUGGGGCUGAGAUCUCUGUGUCUUGCCUGGAAUUGCUUUCGAGGGAGAGGAGCGGUCACGUUGGCUAAUGGCCUUGGGGGAAAUGUUUAUCUCAGAUCAGUGGAUCUGUCAAAUAAUGACUUUGGUAAAGAAGGAGCCGUUGCUUUAGGACAAGCUCUCAAAGACAACGAUGUUUUGGAGGAGCUGAACGUGAGUAACAACCGAAUCCCCCCUGAGGGAGCCAUCCAUCUCGCCAUGGGCCUCAAAGAAAACAAGACAAUCAGAUUCCUGAAUGUCGGUAGGAAUCCUAUCCAGAACAUUGGAUGUUCCAAGAUCCUUCAGUCUCUUCAAGAAAACCCAGAUUCAUCAAUAGAGACUUUAGACUUUUCAGACAUCACAGUCAACGAGGAUUUUGAAGACUUGUAUACGGCAGUGAAAAAAACGUUUUCUGCACUCAGAGUGAAACAUGGAGGCACAAUUGGCCCACUCAGAAAAGCCAAAUCCUGGAAAGUGUUAGAGUAA